ACGGCGGGUCUCGGCGUAGCAGGCGCAUCGGGUCCGAGCAACAGAGUGUCGUGUGUACACCCCCGCCCACGUAUUAUUGUGCGGCUAGCCCGAAGCUAGCUAGCCACGCUCCAGCCGAUAUCGCGAGCGGAUGCCCGGCGAUAGCCGAGGCGGAUAAUGCAUCCGUUAUUCUACGAGAGGCAACCUCGGCCGCGCCACCGAGCCACGUAAAGAAGCUUUAAUGUGACACCGCGGACGAGCAUGAUUCUGGCUGGAUCAGACCACUUCUUGGCGGUACCUGUGGAAGCGACUGCAGUUUUGGGUGCCAUUGCCGGUUUUGUAGUACUCCUGCUGGCCCUUUUCCUCUAUUUGUCCCGGAAGUGGUGCUUCACGCCGCCCUCGUCCACCGCGCUCUUCGGCGGAGUCUGUGUACCUCUCUGUGAGUCCACCAACAGCUCCACAUCUCAAAUCUCGAAAAACAUAGGGAAGGCAUUCUCCUACUCGGAUCCAGAAACGAGUUCCGAUUCAGAGGAAGACGCCCUUCGACGGUUAAAUUCGCGUUCGCAUCCCCCGCCGGAUACAUUGACUAUCCAAGCGGAAGAUGGACCGGCGACAAUCGUGGAUGCUGGCACUACUUCCAGCAGCUGUACUGAGGAACACACCCCAGCAGAUCAACAACAGUGCGUAGUGGAAGUUGGUGCUUCUAGCAUUAUCUUGGACAAUAGAGAACAGGAGAUAGAAGUCGAGCAAAAUGAAUCGACGACCAAUGACGUUAUCACGACAUUGGGUACAGUGGUUACCGAGGAAGUUGGUAGCCUCGAAGUCGCUUUCCUAUACGAUGCACCGAUGCGCGAGAUGACAGUUCACGUAUUACAAGGCCGAAAUUAUCCCUCCGGCAUCGGUGGUAGCCAGGUACGAUUAGUCCUGCUGCCAUCGAAAAAGCAAAGGCGUAAGACACGAGUUCGACAAGGAAUAUCCCCGCAGUACAUGGAAAGUUUUUUGCUUCCACGCGUGAAUCCCGAGGACGUAAACGCGAUGGGAGUACGACUUCGAGUGUAUCUAUGGGGCGGCAGGAUGAUGCGACGAGAGAGAUUGCUGGGUGAAGCUAGGGUAUCCUUCGAUCAGAUAAAUCUUCAGCUGGAGACAACCCUUUGGCUAACUCUUCAGCCGCCCCUUUCUUCCUCGGCACAGGAUUGGGGAACCACUAGCAGCUUAACUCGCAGCGAUUCCACGGGAUCGCAACAGUCGGUUCAGUCGUACGCCUCCCCAACAAUACCGCCGUACGGCAGUAGCAUGAAGGGUGGCAGUGUCGCCGAAAUCCUAAUCGGUCUGGCGUACAAUGGCACGACGGGUCGCCUAUCAGUGGAGAUAAUCAAGGGUUCACAUUUUCGCGGUGGGGGCGGAAAUGAUACGAAACCACCGGAUACUUACGUGAAAUUGGCCCUCGUAGAUAGCAACAAUCAUGAAAUAGGCCGGUCAAAAACUGGUUUGAAACGUGCCCAGCCGAAUCCCCUUUACAAGGAAACUUUUAUAUUUCAGGUCGCAUUGUUCCAAUUGGGUGACGUGACACUCUUCCUGUCGGUUUACAAUCGCCGCCGUGGUGGAAUGGGCAGGAAGGGCCGGGAGAUGAUCGGCUGGCUCUCUCUGGGUCUAAACAGCUCUGGGUCCGAGGAGCUGCAGCACUGGAACGACAUGCGGACGGCGAGGCAACCGACGCAAGUGCAACGCUGGCACUCGCUGCUGCGUCCUUGAAGCAUCCUCGAAUGAGCCAAGUGGGACGUCUUUCCACAGGAUUUAUUCUCGAUGCAGCCACCCCAGCGUGGGAACGAUUUCGUCGUUUCGGCUCGCCGAAUAGCACGGGAAACGCGUUUCUGGGGAGGAGUAACUCGCGGCAAGCGUACCUCGAGAGGGAUCUCGACUCUUUCUCCUUAUCUCACGGAGUGAGACUACCGUGUACUGCCCGGUUGAACAACGGAAGUCAAUAUUCCAAUCGAUCUGUCAAUCACAAGUCAGAGCCCGAACAACGCAAAUAUCCCGAAUCGACGUAAGUGUCAUAAGGACGCUCCGAUUUUUCGUAUGUCUGUUAAAUAAUCUCCGUUGUGAAAGAUCACAAGCGUUAAAUGGAUCGAGAGUUCGGCAGACAAAGUCCUAAGAUUUUCGAUGUCCGUUAGCCAAAGCGAAGCAAGUUGUCUAAGUGGCAUUUUUUAAACGGCGUCUAACAGAUAUUUCAACUUUUGAGCGAACUUUACGUGUCCAUUUAAGGUUCUUUGGUCUCUCGUUUCGUUCGGGAUGCUGUUUGUGGGGAUAUUGUAAACUCUGAGUUACAAACUCUUCUCUAAAUGUACCAAGUACAUUCCCUUUUUGAUACGCUGAUGCGGAAGCGGUGUGAGUAGUCUUCAAUGCCGAGGGUCCCGACGAUCACGUGGCGUUAUCGAUGCCCCGACCCAAUCGUCGUUCCUGUCCUGUCACGGUGGUGCGACACUCUCCGACUCGACAUGUGCCUGAGCCAAUCUGAAUCAUUUAUUUUUUACUUUGUGCCUUUCACCCUUUUUAGGCCGCGCGCCACGCUAAAUGGAGAAUCGUCGUGGAAUGUAAGCGGAAAAUUUUGAGCGAUCGAGCGGCGUCAUUUCGACGGUUACAUCUCUUAUUAACUUUGUAGUAUUGUAAGAUAUAGGGUGGCCACGCAAUCUGGAAGUCUCCAGAAGAAAAAACCCGUGAUUCUCUGAUAAUUUCAAAAAUAAUCGUCGGAAAGAAUGAGAGUUUUCUCAUGUUCAUAAUUGUUGAAAUGUGCCCCGGGAGAAGCGAAAAUUCCCUUGCGAUUUUAUAAAAUGUUCUUGAAAACCAGCAUCUUUCCUAAUGAUUGUUAAAAUACUUCAGAAUACAGAUAUUGGAAGUUUUAUCCAAAGUUAGCUUUCUCAUAAGGUUUGAUUUUAUUCGUAUCAGAAUCUAAACAGCCAUUUAAGAAAGAAAAAUCUCUUCUGAGAUUCAAUAGAAAAUUUUCAAACGAUUACUUCUCUUAAUAUUUCACUCGUUAUAAAGAAGAAAAUUUCUGAUUUGGAAUUGGUGAACUUUGUGAAUUUCUAGCAAAAUUUGCAAAGUUUCAAAUUUGAGAAAAUAAUUCGUGUGUCCACCCUGAGAUAGGAUAGUACCGACACAGUGAAUUAUUAUUAUACGGUUAUUCCAUCACUUUUGUAGAGCAACAACGAUAUUGAUAUCGUUAAAAAACGUAUAUUGUGAUUUGUUGCUUCUUUUUUUAAUUUUCACUACCGACUAGCAAAUUAACGGAUAACAAACAAUUUUGAUCAAUUUAAAUACCAAAUCAGAGUUUUGUUUAGUAAUGUCAUAUCUAUAUUUUUAUAUGUAUUAUAUGUGCAUAUCUAUAUUUUUUGGAAAAGUAUUAGUUCUGGUUAAUAGUUAUUAAUUGUUACUAUCAUGUAAAUUUAUAAUUAAACCUAUAUUACUGCCGAAGAUAGGAAAGUAACUUUUCAAAUUUUUAAAACCUUGUCAAGGAACACGUACUCGCAUCUGUUCUGUAAUAUUACGCAAACACACUGUUUAUUACAAUCGCAUCACACGUACUUCAAUAAGAUCGUUGUUGUUCUUCAGAUCGCUGCUAUUAUAUUAUCGUGUCGGUACUAAUCUAUCUCGCAGCAUGUAAUUUUACAUUCGAUGGAUACUCGAUCUGCUUGUGCUUGUUUAUACAAGUCGAAUAUCGAGCCCGUGUUCUCGCCAUGCAUUUAAUGCCAAAUAUAGCUUCCCCGUACCUUAUCUAACAUCGGGAACACGAUAGUCGGUCCUAUUAACCGAAAUUUGGACAUGCCUGAAUGAAACGUGCAUACCUUGACGCUUGACACCAAAGCGAAGAAUGAUUAGCGUCUAGUGUUAAACUUUAGAGGAUUGUGAUGAGCUUUUCUUUAGCAAGAACGACAUUAAACUUGUUCAGAUUAACGGUAACCUAUUGCUACGUAACAAUUGAAUAAUGCCGCUAGCAAUAAUAUUAUAUAAUUAAAUUAUCUUCAUCAGUGAGGUGUUUACGGCUAAUUAGUUGAUAUUAUCUUGUAAAAUCAGUGCUACUUCUUCGUCAAAACGCUCGCAAGUUGUGUUCACGCACGCACGUCAUCUAUGUAUGUGUACAUCUCAAUCAAUUUGUUUAGUUUAGUUGAAGCGGUAUUUUACGCUCCGUUUAGGUAUGCCUGAAAAAGAACAAAAUUAGCGCGGAUUAGCGGCAGGCGUAUGAUGAAACAGUAUGAUAAAAUCAAGAACACGGGCAUUGCUGUCUUGAGAUGGUUCGAGAAUGGAUUGAUAGAUGCGCCAACGAGGCGUAACGACAGCGAGAUUUCGGAUCGAGACGAGAUACAGAGAGGAUCCACAAUUUACACAAUGACGCACAAAUGAUUCUCGCAAAACGCACUCCGUAAACGCAGAUGUGAUCGUAGAGUCGAUAUAUUACUGUAACUGCAAUAGAAACAUACACACGGUCACGAAGUACGUGUAGGUGUAGAGAUGGUAUUAUCUAUACGCGUUAAUACUAGAAUUUUUGAGCAAGAGGGGAGAUCGCCCCCGUAAUAGUUACUAUUAGAGAGUGCAGAAGUAGAAGGUACGGCUCAACGAUGACGAAUGUACAUAUAUCCACGUUACAUUACGAAAAAUCGAGCUGCAAUGAUGAAUGGAACAAUUAUACACGUGUGAAAUCAGCCUACAGAUUCUUUAACUAGCUCAGUUUUCGAACGAAACUUUAUGAGAAUUUUUCGUUUUUACGUCUUUGUGAUCUUUGACGUUAAAUAUUCAGAGAAA